AUGGAGUGGAAACUGGAGCGCGCCGCCCGCACUGAAGAAGAGAUUCUGUGGGAGGAUGUCAUGCGGGUGCUCGACAAAGACAUGAAGCAGAGGAGAGGUCAAGUUUCUCCCAAGGUAUUUAAUGUAGUUAACACUACAUACUCUAACCUCACCAGCAACUUGGCAAAGAGAGUAUCAGCUGAAGUUCCUGUUGCCAGUAGCCCGAUUACCACAAGAUGGCGGCAGAGCCAAGCUGGGGAUGUGACAGCCCCUUCCUUUGGGGAAGAGCGUUCAACUACUGACCUCCCAGAAACUGUGCUGGAGAUGACUCCUGAGAAAGAGACCUUAACUCCAGGGGAGAAAGGAUCCUGCAAGGAACCACUGAAGACCCCCAACAAAGAAAGUUCUGGAACAAAUAACUCUGCUUUCCAGUUUGGCAAGGCACCUCAUGCAGUGGACAGAGGCCGGAAGGAUAAAGUUCCUUCAAAAGACCUGAAAUGCUUAAACCAGCUAUUUUCAACCCAGAACGUGGCUCAGCAGGUUAAUGGGAGCAUGCAGUUCUGUGAGGGAUCCCAAUGCACUUGGAAAGGCUACAGCGAUGGAAUCAGAGAUGGAUACUUCCAAAGAUUCAGCGGUAUAAACUAUCCCAUACUCCAGCCAGAGGUGAAGAUUCAUCUUACAGGUCUUCGAAAUGACUAUUAUCUGAAUAUCCUGGAGUGGAAUUUUCAAAGCCUUCUUGCCAUAGCCCUUGGAUCUUCUGUGUACAUCUGGAAUGGGGAUAAUCACCACAGAAUUGAAAAUAUGUGCUUCAGUCUCCCUUGUAACUACGUGUCUUCUGUGUCCUGGAUGACAGAGGGGACCUGCCUGGCCGUUGGUACCAGCGAGGGAGAAAUACAAUUAUGGGAUGUGGUCACUAAAAAGCGACUGAGAAAUAUGCUUGGCCAUUUGUCAGUAGUUGGGGCUCUAAGCUGGAAUCACUAUAUCCUUAGCAGUGGGUCGAGACUGGGCCGUGUUUAUCAUCACGACAUUCGGGUAGCCCAACACCAUGUUGGAACUCUUCAACACAAACAAGCUGUGUGUGGUCUGAAGUGGGUGCUGGGUGGCAGGCUGCUUUCCAGUGGCUGUAGUGAUGGACUGCUAACUAUAUGGCCCCAUGAUCCAGGUGCAAAUGCACAGUCCCCACUAAAAGUCAUACAUCAAUCUACAGCAGUCAAGGCCAUUGAUUGGUGUCCCUGGCAGACUGAAGUCCUCACUGUUGGAGGAGGAAUGAAGGAUGGACGCUUACACAUCCUGGACAUAAAUACUGGGCAAAGCAUCCAGACCCCAAGCACAGACUCACAGAUUUGUUCCCUAACCUGGCUACCUAAGACAAAGGAAAUCGUAACUGGCCAAGGUUCUCCCAAGAAUGAUGUCACUGUGUGGACCUGUCCUGGUCUGGCCAGGUCACGUGGAUUUUUUGACCACCGAGGCCGAGUGCUACACCUGGCUUUGAGUCCAGACCAGACGCAAGUCUGUUCUGCUGCAGCGGAUGGCACAGCCUGCAUAUGGAAUUGCUGCUAG